AUGAUUGAUUAUAUAAAGGAAACAGGCGAUUUUCUCAUUACAAAAUAAGGGUCCAUGAGUUCAUUUCAAUAGAAUAGUGAAUCAAGUCCAAAAAACUUAUUAGGUAGUCACAAAUAAUUUCGUUUUCCAACAAUUUCUAAUGCAUUAUUGAAAUCAGCCAUUGAAGCCAAUUACUUAGAAGCUGAUCAAAAAAAUAAUAUCAUUCGAAAUCCAAAUCAAUUAACAGUAUUUAGAAUGCAUUUUGAUACAAAUUCACCAAGAACUCAAGCUGCAAUGGAAAUGCUUAAGUUGCAUGUAGAGGAUCUUUAAGUGAAAGAUUAUGAAGAAUUUUAUCAAAAAAGAAAAGAUCCACUUCAGAACCUUAUAUCAUAUUUGUAAUAUGUAACUAAUAAAUACAAAAUAUUGAAUGAAAUCUUAAAAAAAAGAAAUUAGAUUAAACACAUAUAAUCUUAAGUCUCUAAGUAAAUGAACUCUAAAAACAUUAAAUUUAAGGAUGAAUCAAUAUCAAUAGAAUAAACUGAAUCAAAGAAACAUUUCUAUGAGGAUGGACAUUCAUCAAUUUUAAGUGCAAAUUAAAAGAAAGAACUUUUUGAUAAGAAAUUGAUUAAAGCUUAAGAAAAUUAUAAUAAGUAAUAUUUUAAGUAUAAUAUUUAGGUUUCUCAAUUUAGUACAUGAUUAAAUUAAUAAAUAAGAUGAAUAUUAUAGUAAGACUGCCCCAGAGAUGUAUUAAAAAGCUGAGAGAUUGAAAUAAAAGUAAUUGGAAUUAGUAAGAAAGAAACUUAGGAGAAAUCAUUUAAAAGUAGAUCAGAUAUGUUAAAAGGCAAAAAAAGAAGAAUAAACUUAAUAUAGAGAACAUUAAAAGUUGGUUUAAGAGUUAGAGAAAGAUCAUAAUCUUCAUUAGGAAAGAAAAUAAAAAUAAUUGUAAUAGGCAUAAGAGGAAUUAUUGGAAUAAUUAAGAAAGAAGGAAGAAAAGGAAAGAGAGAGAUAAUUAAAGAGAUAGAUGUAAAUGAAUUUAGAAUAGAGUAUGAUAGAUUAGGUGAUGGAUUCAAUAAAAAAGAAGGCUGAUUAUAUGAAUGAUUAUUUGCAUAAGAAAUAGGAGGAAGAUAAGAAAAGACAUCAUUAAAAUUUAAAGAUAUUUGAAGAGAAAUAAAAGAAAUUAUAGGAAUCUUAUAUUCAAAAGGAUAAUUAAAAUGUUUAAACAUAUUUUAGCAAAUCAACUUAAAGAUAAGUAAAUAUAUUGUUUAUAUUUAGAUAUAAAUAAAUAAGCAUGAAAUAUCUUAAUUGAAAUAGUAGAAGAGUUUAUCUUUAAAAAAUAGUAGAAUAAUGAAAAGGAUUGAAUAAUUUUAGGAAUCUUUGGAUUAAAAGAGAUUUGAAGAAUUGAAUUCAAAAUUGUAAGAAACAGAUGAGAAAUUAGAAGGAGGAUUAAAAAGGUAUGAUAUUUAAUAAUAUAUAAGACAUUAAUCUUUAUUGGAUUUAAGAAAACACAAUUUAUCUUAAAAGAAUGAACAUAGAUUUAAAUUGGCAAAAUAGAAAUAAAUGGAAAAUAUGUUAGAAAAAAUACAUAAACAAAAUAAAAUUUUAUCAAAAAAUCUCGAAAUUACUUAGAAAAAUGACAAAUUAAAAUAGGAAUAAGAAUUUUUAGAGAAAUAUAAAAAAGAAUAAUUAUAAGAUCAUGUUAUUUAGAGAAAUAUUUUGGCUUAAAAAUUAUCAUCUUGA